CAAUGGGGCCGCUGAGGUGACGUCACUGACCGUUGCGGCCAAUCAGCACUCGCGGCACGCAUUUCGAACUAUCCCUCCGGAACAGAUACCUUCCAUCGCUCGGUUACGCGACAAAAAUGCAACGUCUUUCCUGUUGACCGAAUAAAACACGCACUUCUUUGUUCAAUCAAGCACUGGAUUACUUGGAUCCAAAUAAUUCGGGAGCCAUGGUGAGGGAAUGGGUCCAGAAAAAGCCACCCCGGCACACUCUGGAGGAGAUUAAGGAAAAAAUGAAGGUGAUGCGCAACAAGCAGCUUGGCCGGGCGGCGGCACGCAGCAGGGGGACAAGAGCCAGACUCGCCCACCAAAGCGCCAGCAGCAUCGUGCCGGGCAGCCUGCUCGUGGCGGUGAAGCAGAACAACACGGAGCUGGCGUUAGCGCUGCAGGCAGAGAAGGAGAAGGUGCGGCAGGCCAACGCCAUCAUCCUGCAGUUGAAGCAGACCCUCUUCUUCCAGCUGAUGCUGCUCAGGAGGAAGCUCCGGGAGCAGCAGGCCCUCACCACUUCCUCCCCUCUGGCUGAAGCAUCCGAGCUGCCCGUGGAAGCGAAUGUGGAGUCACCAAGGAGAGAAAAGAUCAGCGAGGGCAAACCGUGUGAGGUCUCCCCGAUUUGUGCAGAGUCUCCUAAAAUGGACGUCCAGCCUGACUAUGUCCGAAUGACUCUGCCUCCUACGGUGAUGGUGAGGCAAAGACGCGGCGACAGAGAACGGAAGAGCAGGAGGCGGUCCGAUCGCGUGCGCUCCAUCGGCGAGGUGGACUUGGGGGCGCUCAGGGCAGAACGCCCCAGACGGCACGAAGACCCCCAUGAGGUUUUGAAGGCGCGGGUGGACGAUCCCAUCUGCGCGCCGGACUCCGAGCCACCCGUCAACACUCGCAAAGAUGGCCGCCGUCAGGCGCGUCCCAAAGCGGAUGCGUGCACGGCCAAGCCCCCCGAACGAGGACGCAAGCCUGAGCGAGCGCCCCUAAAAAAGCCCUGGGAGAACCCCAAGCGCAGGGCGCGAUCCAAAAGCCGGGAGCGCCACGUGCCACCCCUCCAGCAGCUCAACACCUCACUGGGCUUCAACGACACCUUUGACUUUGACUGCGAGGGGGCCGUCCACCUCACGCCCUUUAGGGCCAAGCCCAACCACCCCGAAGACCCCGUUACGGAACCCGCCGGAGACCCCACCCCGGACUCUCUGGCUCCGGACCCCAGCUCGCCGUCAUCGCCAUCCUCCGAGUCGGAAGACAGCCCGUAUGUGCCGAAGAAGAAGCCCCGAAGAGCGUGUGCGUCCCCUGAGACCACCAAGUUCAUCGCCACUCGCAGGGGACGAGCCGCCAACACAAACGCCAGCCGGCCAAAAUCUGUGACAGACCAGGAGUGGCAGCAGGAGGAUCCGCAACCCAAUCAGGAAGUCGAUGGGGUCCACCAAACGAGUUUCUCAAACAGUCCUCACUCCGCGUGUCCACAAGAAGCGCUGAGCCAGGACAUUGUGGGCAGCGCCUUCCCCUCAGUCAGCACCUUGACGGAAGUUGACAUGACCAUUGAUGAUGUCCUCUCCCGAUUCGGGGACUCCCUCUGUGAAAAUCAGCCUCCGCCACCGCCUCCUCCUUCCGCACUCGCCAGCCGCGUGCUCCAACAGCAACGCCAGCGCAAGAAAUGUGGGCUCGGUGGCUCCAGGCGGGCGCCGGGAUGCGUCGGCUUGACCCUGAGUGACAUGACCAAUCUGUCGCCCGUAGCCCGCCGCCGCUCCUCCCAAACGCUGUGCUCGUCCACGCCGGCGACCCCACGGAUGCGACGACGCACCCUAGUGGUGGACUACAAGGAGCCCUCCUUGAGCGCGAAACUCCGGCGCGGGGACAAAUUCACCGACUUGCGAUUCCUCCCGCCGGGCUCGCCCGUUUUCAAGAACAAGUUGACAGGCGGGCCUUCUCGAGCGUCCACCAGCACACGCGACAAACUAGGCAAAUAUAACGAGUCGUUUGUUGGAUGUCGUUGAUGCUUUUACCCCCAAAAAGUGUUUCGAACUGAAUGCGUUUCAAAAGCAACAUUGAGAGUCAAGUAACGUGAAAAUUCUUACAAAACAGGAAGCUGAUAUUGCCCCUUUUUCUUUCACAUUUAACACUUUUCAAAAUAGGCACUGUUAUUUGCAAGAAAUGCAAAAAUAAGGCAAAAAAAUGUACAUUUUGACUCCUUUUUCACAUUUGCCUUCAUUUCAUUUGCUGCAAAGACCAUUGACCAAAUCUUCAGUAAAAAACAGAAUAAAAUACACAAAUCUAUCUGCGGAAAUGACAACUUAAGUCAUUGAUUUUUUUUUUUUUCCUUCGUUGAAUACGUCCCUAAAUAGGCAACAAUCGUACGAAGGCCGUUAUUGAAUAAAUGGGGCACAAAAUAUA